UAAAAUUUAGUUAUUCUUCUCUAAUUUUAUGCUAUGUUAGAGUAUUUAAUGUUUACUACUUGUCCAUAUUAGUACUUGUAUGACUAUAGUACUAUUUGAGAUCUUACAAUAAAUGGCUUCCUUCCAUCCAUUGACCUGUGCAACUAGCUCUUUUUUCUAACUACCAUUUGUUGCCUUUUAUACCUCUUCUCUCAUUUCCUCUUCUUGUUCAUCUUGUCACAACUACGAGAAUCUAUAGUAGAAAACAACCUUUUCCAUGACACGCCAACCAAAUUUUCACAACCUAUGAUGUUUGUGUUUUCAAUAGAAACAAAAACAUAGUACAUAGUUUCACCAACACAGUGUAAAGCCAAAAUGGGUUGUUGUGCUAGUAGUAACAGAUCUUCAUUGUCAAAAACAAAAAGCAAUGAUUUUCAGCUAUCAAGAUCUAGCAUUUCUCAGGUGAAAGGUUCAGAAAACAGAGCACCUCCUCCUAUUCCCUUGGAAGAAGAAACCGUGAAGGAAGUGUUGUCGGAAACAUCCAAAUGGAAGAGAUAUGAAGGUGAAAAGCCAAAAUGUUUUGAAAGAUUCGAUAGAGAGAACAAGGUUGAGAAACCGUUCUACAAAGUAGAUGAGAUCUCUGAAUUCUCUGAGGUUUGUAGCUUAGGCGAAAGUGUAUCUACAAUCACUGAUAGGAGAGAAGAGGAAGAAGAAUUUCGCCAACGGGUCAUUGGAUCUCCCGCUAAAACACGCAAAAAUCGUUCCUUUUCCGGUGAGAGAAGAGAAUGGACGGCAGGGAAGUCGCCGGCGAGAAGGUCGGAGUUGUCGCCAGCAAAAACAAAUGUUGGGUCGGCAAGGAGAGAUCAAAUUGGAAAUGGGGGAAUGAAGAAUCACCUUCACCGGAGAGACGCCGGAGAAAACUCCGGCCGACGAUCUAGAUCACCAGCCACCCGCACUGACAAUGGAUCAACGAGAUCCGUUGCGGGUCGAAGCUUAUCCGCAAGAAGAACUAACCAAUCGCCGGCUAAGGCGAGAACCGCCUCGCCGGUGAAUGGUAGCCGGAAAAUGGAGAAUUCAACAAUGGAGAAUAAUAAAUGGCCAUCAACCGGAAAUGAGUCACUCGAAAAUCCACUUGUAUCAUUGGAAUGCUUCAUCUUUCUCUAGUGAUAUUUCUGCACAAAUAUCAAUUGAACUUAUUUAACUGAAUGGACUAUCAUAAUUGCUAGUUACUAAUAUGAAUUAGUAUGAAUCAGUAGUAAAAGUUCUUGAAUUAUGUACUUUGUUUAGUUGAUUAUUAGUAAUUAAUAGUGAUAUAGUAUGAGAUUUAAUCAGAGUUGAAUUCAAAGGUCAAUUUUAGCGACUAAGUUAUAGUAAGGUAGAGAAAGAUGGGGUGGUUUGUACUUUGUAGUACCAAUUUCGAAACAUAAAAAUUUGGAUACUGUAAUACGUAAAUGCAAUGUGGUGAAAAUUGAUGUUUGCA